GGCCACCUCUGUACGGCUGAGCGGGACACAGAGAGACUACAUGAAAGAAUAUUUUUUGUGCAAGAAUAGUACAGAAAUAAACACAGAGUAGCAUACAAGACGACCUAGAGGUUUGGUGAGUUGCAUGUGGUGAGAUUUCUCCGGAGAUGUAGCCACGGGCGUGAGUGUAGGUUGUUUUAUUUCCCCAGCUGCUGCAUGGCUCUUCCCAUGGAUGCCAUGAAAAUCAAAACAGCCGACUGAGAGACCGCUGCUUCUCACGAUCAUAGAUGGAGACACUGCGGUCGUGAGCGAUGGAUGCUGCUGAAAAGAGACACAUUAGGUAGCGUUUACGAGGAUCCAAGGAGAGCUGAACGUCUCGACUGCACAGUUUAGUUGCCACCGGGGCUGUCAAGAGGAUGGAUUUCAGCCUGCUCCGGAAUCUCAUCCGCAGAUACUGUGUGGGGGAGGAGAACUGGGUGGACAGUCGGACCAUAUACAUCGGGCAUAAAGAACCUCCUCCGGGAGCUGAGGCCUACAUCCCUCAGCGUUACCCCGACAACCGCAUCGUCUCGUCCAAGUACACCUUCUGGAACUUCAUUCCCAAGAACUUGUUUGAACAGUUCAGAAGAAUCGCUAACUUCUACUUCUUGGUCAUAUUUCUGGUCCAGCUUAUCAUCGACACCCCCACCAGCCCAGUCACGAGCGGACUGCCCCUCUUCUUCGUUAUCACCGUCACCGCCAUAAAACAGGGCUAUGAGGACUGGCUCAGACACAAGGCUGACUGCUCUAUAAAUGAGUGUCCAGUGGACGUGGUGCAGCAAGGGAAGGUGGUGAGGACGCAGAGUCACAAGCUACGGGUGGGGGACGUUGUCAUGGUGAGGGAGGAUGAGACGUUCCCCUGUGACCUCAUCUUCCUCUCCUCGAGCCGCCAUGAUGGGACCUGCUACGUCACCACCGCUAGCCUGGAUGGGGAGUCGAGUCACAAGACCUAUUAUGCUGUACCAGAUACCAUGGCCUUUACAACGGAGCAGGAGGUGGAUUCUCUACAUGCCACUAUUGAAUGUGAACAACCGCAGCCUGACCUCUACAAAUUUGUGGGACGCAUUAACAUUUACAAGGACAGAGAAGAGCCUGUGGCUAGGCCGCUGGGGGCUGAGAACCUGCUCCUCAGAGGAGCCACGCUGAAGAACACACAGCAUAUUUAUGCUGUUGCAAUCUACACCGGCAUGGAGACCAAGAUGGCACUUAACUACCAGUCCAAGUCUCAGAAGCGCUCUGCUGUAGAAAAGUCCAUGAACGCCUUUCUGAUCGUGUAUCUGUGCAUACUGAUCAGUAAAGCUGUGAUCAACACCGUUCUGAAGUACGCCUGGCAGUGGUCUCCUGACCGAGACGAGCCCUGGUACAACCACAGAACUGAGAUUGAGCGCCAACGUCAUGUGGUGAUCCGAGCGUUCACAGACUUCCUGGCCUUCAUGGUCUUGUUUAACUACAUUAUCCCCGUGUCGAUGUACGUGACGGUGGAGAUGCAGAAGUUCCUGGGCUCUUAUUUCAUCGCCUGGGACGAGGAGAUGUUUGACGAGGAGCUGGGAGAGGGAGCGCAGGUCAACACCUCUGAUCUAAAUGAAGAGCUGGGACAGGUGGAGUAUGUGUUUACUGAUAAGACGGGCACUCUCACUGAGAACAACAUGGAGUUUAUUGAGUGCUGUGUGGACGGCAACGUCUACAUCCCUCACGCCAUCUGCAACGGCCAGAUCCUCAGCGCCGCCUCCAGUAUAGACAUGAUCGAUUCCUCACCUGGAGGAUACCGGAGGGAGCAUGAGGACCUGUUCUUCCGGGCGCUGUGCCUGUGCCACACGGUGCAGGUGAAGGAGGAGGAGACGGUGGACGGCAUCAAGAGGGGCAUCCACCAGGGCAGACCCACCUCCUUCUACAUCUCCUCCUCCCCCGACGAGGUGGCGCUGGUCGAGGGCAUGAAGAGGUUGGGUUACACCUAUCUGAGACUGAAAGACAGCUACAUGGAGAUUCUCAACAAAGAUGAUGAGAUUGAGAGGUUCGAGCUGCUACAUGUGCUGAACUUUGACUCUGUCAGAAGGAGAAUGAGUGUCAUAGUCAAGUCAAGCUCAGGAGAGUACCUGCUGUUCUGUAAGGGAGCAGACUCAUCCAUCUUCCCGCGGGUGGUGUCUGGAAAGGUGGAGCAGGUGAAAGCCCGGGUGGAGCAGAACGCUGUGGAGGGGCUGCGGACUCUGUGCGUCGCCUAUCGGAGGCUGUCACCUUCAGAAUACGAGGAGGCGUGUCAUCUCCUGACCAAAGCCAAGCUGGCCCUGCAGGACAGGGAACAGAGGCUGGCUCAGGCCUAUGACAUCAUCGAGAGGGACUUUGUGCUUUUGGGGGCCACAGCCGUGGAGGACAGGCUCCAGGAGAAAGCUGCAGACACCAUUGAGUCACUCCACAAGGCUGGGAUGAAGGUGUGGGUCCUUACAGGGGACAAGAUGGAGACGGCGGCGGCUACAUGCUACGCGAGCAAGCUGUUCCGUCGCAGCACCCAGAUUCUGGAGCUGACCAAAAAACGGACAGAGGAGCAGAGUCUGCACGAUGUCCUGUUCGAGCUGAGCAGGACCGUUCUUAGACAACGCUCUAUUUCCGGGUUGUCAGUCGACUGCCUUGACUUUGGUCUGAUCAUUGAUGGGGCCACCCUGUCCGCAAUACUGAAGCCCAAUCAGGAAGGCUCUGGCAACUACCGUGAGAUCUUCCUAGAGAUCUGCCGCAAUUGUAGCGCUGUGCUCUGCUGUCGCAUGGCUCCACUGCAGAAGGCACAGGUUGUGAAGCUGAUCAAAGCCUCUAAAGAGCACCCCAUAACCCUGGCCAUCGGUGAUGGAGCCAACGAUGUCAGCAUGAUCCUGGAAGCACAUGUAGGCAUAGGCAUCAUGGGUAAAGAGGGCCGCCAGGCAGCGAGGAACAGCGACUAUGCCAUCCCAAAGUUCAAACACCUGAAGAAGAUGCUGCUCGUCCACGGCCAUUAUUACUACAUUCGCAUCGCUGAGCUUGUCCAGUACUUUUUCUACAAGAAUGUGUGCUUCAUCUUCCCGCAGUUCCUGUAUCAGUUCUUCUGCGGGUUCUCCCAGCAGCCUCUGUACGACACAGCGUAUUUGACGUUGUACAACAUCAGCUUCACCUCGCUCCCCAUCCUCCUCUACAGUCUGGUCGAACAGCACGUCACCAUGGAGACGCUCAAGAGGGAGCCCUCCUUGUACAGGGAUAUUGCGAAGAACUCCCUCCUCCGCUGGCCUGUCUUCCUGUACUGGACGUGCCUGGGUGUGUUCGACGCUGUUGUCUUCUUCUUUGGUGCCUACUUCCUGUUUGACAACACCACCUUCACCAGCAACGGCCAGCUUAUGACCACCAACACACAGAUGAUGUUUGGGAACUGGACCUUCGGGACUCUUGUCUUCACUGUGCUGGUGUUCACAGUCACGCUCAAGCUUGCCUUGGACACACACCACUGGACCUGGAUCAAUCACUUUGUCAUCUGGGGGUCGCUACUUUUCUACGUCAUUUUCUCACUGCUCUGGGGAGGCAUCAUUUGGCCCUUCCUGAACUACCAGAGGAUGUACUACGUGUUCAUGCAGAUGCUGUCCAGCGGCCCAGCCUGGCUCAGCAUCAUCCUGCUCAUUACAGUCAGCUUGCUGCCAGACGUCAUCAAGAAGGUCCUGUGCAGGGCCAUCUGUCCCACAGCCACCGAACGUGCACAGGACUGCAAGACGCUGGCGCAGGGUGGUGUGGCAGAGUUGACUCCACUGUCCUCUCGCCGAUCCUCCAAAGGCAGGAGUGCUGACUCCUCCCACCUCCUCCUUGGUGUUGCGGAGACCCUCUCGCUUCGUAGGUCUGAUCCACUUCCCCAGAAACUAUUGGCCCACUUGGCCGAAGGGGGAGGGGCAGACUUCUGCCCUCUCAGCCCCUACAUGCUCCGUCUCUCAGGGGCGGGAAUUGCCCACUACGCUCCUGGGCCAGAGACCUCCUUGUGAACACAAACACACUCUGAGACUAUGUGUAUGUGAAUUGUGUGAGCAUAUACUCAUAUCCCAAGAUGUGUGACCGAGAUCUGGAUCUCUGAAGCAUAAACAGUGCGAAAUGCAAACCAACUUGCUCACACACAAAAAGCAAAAGCAUGGAACCUCCUGAGUUCACCAUGUGCAUUUUCUGGGCCACGCCUGAUUGGACAUCCCUUUAGAUAUUGUUGCCCUGACCUCUCAUCCACUUUGGUAACAUCUUUGUUCCGUUUCUGUCCAGUACCAGUUUAAGUCUCGUCAAAGUUGAAAGGUCCUACCCCAACUCUGUGAAAUUACUUGAAAAAAUCUGCUGUCUAAGACUCUUAAACACAAGGGGAACCAUAUAUGAAUGUGCAUCGUUUCAUGCACUAUGGAACUGUCGUGUUUCAGUAUGUCAGUGGUUGGGCCUUUUUGCAGUCUUUUUCCUUCUUUUGUUUUCACUUUCUUUCUUGUUCCUCCAUUCAUCUUCUUUUGCUUCUCUGCAAAUGUUGUUGAGAACAUUUGUGUAUGUGGUCUGGCCAAGUAAGGGCGGCCUUCAGGCUAAGCCCCAUAGGUGUCCGAAUGCGUGCAUGUGCGUGUGUGUGGGUGCUUGUGUGCAUGCAUUUACUGUAUGUGUUGUUGUGACACACCUUUGCCUUACAGUUACCACACAGCAGCAGGCUAGGAGCCAAAGGAGAAAGGUGUAAUAGUAGAACUAACACUAGUGGUGUAUUAUAAGCCUUACACACACCCAUCAGCUGAAAAGAGGGAUAAGGAAAAGGUCCGAAGAGGGAUGUACAGUAUUCUAGCCACCCUGCCUUAAUUCAUAGAUUCCCAUUUUCAGUGGAUUCGGUUUAUAGGUCAGUUAAACAUGUUUAUAUGUAUGUGAAUGAUUAAGUGAGAUAUUCUGAGGAUAUAAAUAUAUUAAUGUUAGGUACAGUGUGCCCAUUUUUCUUCUUUCUCCUUUCUUUUGCCCUCCUUAUCAGCCAGUGAAGCAUGUAGGAUUUUUGUGCUGCAUGCUGAUCUAUUCUUCCCUUCGUUGUUCCUCAGCCUCCUUCUCCCGGAAAUCAUUUAUCAUGAACCAUGUCAUCCCCCACUGAACAAUGAGCACACUGUACCUACUGCCGCCACCUUUUGGCCGUGCAUGGUAACAGCAGCAGUGCUAAUAAUCAAGGGCAAACUGGAGUUAAAUGCAUUGCCCAGCAGUCCCAAGCUGAUUGGGUCUUUAUUUAUGGAUGUCCUAAAUGACUCGCUAUUUUUCACUGUUGCAUUGUGUUUAAUUUGUUUAAUGACUGUGUAUGCUUGCUGCCAUGCUCUGUUUUAUGCAAAAGUUUAUGUCUGGUCUCUUAAGAAUGCUGUUUUCUCUGUAUUGCAUUACGCCAUGAGUUUUUUCUACAUUGUUGACAUUGGAUGGAUGGAUGUAACAAAUACUUUUGCGAUGUAUUAUUGGGAUGGGAGGGGCGGGGGUGUGAAAGUCUAUUGGAGGUAGGAGGGAGACUUGAAUUGGCGGUGUCACAAUCAAAUCAUUAGAAUGUCGAACUGAUUUGUCCUUCAUGUCCUCCAGCUGAAGAUUGUAGCUUAAUAUGGAUGAACCUCUUUUCUACAUUUCUAACAUCUCAAGUCCUUUGUCCAAAGCUCAUCCGUUGCAUCACACAGCGAGUGACUUGGGAACUCUUGAAUGUCCAAUUCUGAAGCAUCUUUGUAUGUUUAUACGGUGUAUCUUCAUUGCCAACUGCAAACAUGUACAUAGAUUACAUGUCCAGUGUUGAGUUGUUGUUGUGUUUUCUUCUUUUUUACCGGGGCACAAAAGCUUUAUUGCUUCGGUUGGACUUGGUUGGAGGUCAGGAUUUGUUUUCCUUUGGUUUUUUGCUCACAACCAACAGGCCUAAAUGAUCAGUGUUUUGAUUUUGGGGCACAACGUCUGACCUCAGAGUUUAAUAGAAGGACUUUGGUGCUGGUUAUGCAGUGUUCCACCUCACUGUGCUGUCGCCAUACCGUUUGUUUGUCCAGAGCUAUUUUUAAGGUCAUGUAACAAGCCCACCACAAUAACAUUGUAAGGUCUAUUUUGUUAUCAUAAGGACAUAAUGGGGAAUUCAUUAUAGUCGAAGAGUUUAUAUUUUUUUGUCACACUUUGGUAGCUGGGGAGAAACCAUUGAUUUGUCACACAUUCUUGUUUACUUAUUCUUGUUGUCCAUCGGUGUUGAUUUUUUUCCCGUUAUUUUAUGUUUCUUUUUGUUUUGUUUUGUUUUGCUACUUUUGUAUCCCAGAGAGAAAACUAUAUUUUAACUCUAUUAGAAUGUGUGUUCAAGUUUGUAACCAAAAUGAGAACAAAAUACAUAAUAUGAAGACAUUAGAAAAUAACUAAUAACUCUACACACUGCACUUUGUCCUACAACAGCUUAGCUUAUCCCCUUAAAAAAAAAAAAAAAGGUCUAUUGUCCAUCUACUGAGGUUUAUAGGUGUUCACUCUUCCUCACAAGUUAUUUUUCUAAGAAGAUUGUAGUGGGCAAAAAAAAGAGUGUGACCAAAUAACUUGACUUGGAAUGAACUGUUUCUAUGUGUCAGUUGCUGUCUCAAAUGGGUUUAUCGCACCAGCCUUCUACUGCUGAUCAGAAUGUCAGACUGCUUUUCUAAGUCCCAUCAGCACAACAGCAGGUGCUCAUCUUGUCACUCCUGAGCUUGGCAAAGGUCUGAAACGUCUACUACUGUGCUCUCAAAAAGGCAGUGAACAGCACGCUUCAUCCCAUUACCUUCGGUACAGCACUGUUUGUAUUACUAAACAGGUUUUCAGAACGUUUCUUCUUCUUUCUUUCUUUUUGUAUGAAGAUUUUAAAAGAUGUUCACCUGUUGACUUUUUGCCAGCCUAUCUGUAGCGAAUGAGGGCAAAGCACUGUAUUGUCAUUCUGCUUGUAAUAAAGAAACAGUAAAAACA